AUGAGGCUCUUGACAUUCGUUUGGACACUGGCGGUGGCCGUCACGUUAUGUUGCGACGGCGCCAUGAUCUACGACCCUUUGGUACAACGGGACGCGCGCUGGUACGAUGCCCGGAAUCAGGACUUGGAAUCCAUCGACGUGAGUAUAUAUUAUUAUUAUACAGCCCGGCGGCGAAUUUUACGUGGGCCCGUUUCCUCCACGACUGAAAAAAAAAACCACUCAAAACACUCGAAAGUAUCCCACCUCUCGAAUUAUUUUUCAACACAUUUCUCACAUGGAUACGUCUUGUUUCUAAUAAAACACUAUGUAUUUGGUUCGUUAUUUUCAUCCGUCUACUUGAAUCAUUUAAAAAUCUAAAUUAUUCGUCGUUACGUGUAGUUUUGUCGUCAAACUAACCCUUAAAUACAUUUUUAAAUACCUACUAGUUAAAGACAAAAGAUUAUUGCCGGAUUAAUAAUCCAGGUAAAGAUAAAUAAUCGACAACUUUGUGUGAAUGAUAUAAUUUAAUAAUUAAUUAAUUAAACUAUAUUAGUAUAAAUUAAAUAGUUAACCUAUUAUUUUAACUAGUUUUUUAAUUUAAAAAUAACUGUUUUGUUAAACAAAUUAACCAGUUUUCAUGAAAUUUGUUAUGCGAAUAGCUGAGAACCCUGAGAAAAAAAAAUAUGUUACUUUUAAAAAUUAUGACAUGGGGUUUUAAUAUUUUUGAAACGAAAAUACAAUUUUAAAGUUCAAAAAAAAGUUGCCUAUAAUAAUCAUGAUAGUCAAUUAUGAAAAAUGCGUAUACAGCCUGCUGAAUAACUAUAGGUAAUCGAAAGGGUAUUAUUAUAGCUAAUAUUAACUAUACACUAAAAGUUGAAACAUCAACAUUUCCAAAAGAAUAAAAUCUAGAAAAUUGCUUUCUUCAAAUUUUUCGGACAUGAUAAAAUAUAGUUAUUAUUUCACCAAAACAAAGGAACAUACAAUUGUUUUCAAGUAUAAAUAUUUGUAUUUAUUAUCGCUGUGAAUAGAAAAAUAAAAAAAAAAAAAUUAGAAUUUAAUUAUCUUUAUUACCUCCGAAGAUAUUACAAUAGUUAUAUCUUUGUGAGACACUGUACAUGUCUUAUUAAAAUGGCGUAAUAUUUACGAUUUUAAUCAAAAUUUGAUUUUAAAACAGUUAUAAAGAAAAAAAACAGACAUACUUCGCAUGAUGGUUGGGCCACUGUUGUUGGCAAAAAGUUAGAUAAGUAGGAUAUAAAAGAUAAUUUAAUUUAUAUCUGUGCGUAACGAUAAACCAUUGAUAACGAAAAACGAUUCGCAGCAAAUUUUCUUUUAUAUAUGUACGUAUAUAUUCCCGUUUUUCCUACGUUUUUCAGAAUAAUUGUAAAAAGCACUUUGAAAAUCAAAAUCAUACUAUUUAAAGUACCACCCAGAUAAAGUUUACUCUCAGAAAAGAUACUACAAUUGAAAAACAUCAAUGUAAAAUCAAUAUAUUUUUCGCUACGCUCCGAAUCUAAAUAUUAUCAUAUUACCGACGCUCAAGUUUGUUUUUCCACAAAGCAUAACUUAUAAUGAACCUAUAUAGUUAUGUUUCCUAGUAUUUUUGUUUGGUCAAAAAAGUUCUUCCACAUGUCAUUAUUAAAGAAAAAUUACGUAAAACAAUCGUUAAUUUCAUGUUAAUUGUAGUUGAAUUUUUACCUUUUGAUAAUAAUAAUCCUAUCUAAUAUUAUAAUAAUGUUUUUGUUUGGUUUAAAAAAAAAAAAAUACUAUUAUCAAAUUUUUAUAAUACUAUUAUAAAAAUAUAAUAAAGAAAUAUUAUAAUAUAAAUACAGAAAAAAAAAAGUUCUACCAACUAGAUCCAAAAUACAACAAAAAAGGUUUCGUUAUUUUUUGAUUUAAGCAAGAUUUCUAUUAUACAAUUUGAGCUGGCAUUUGGUUGGGAAAGAGGUUGCAAUUAUUAUUAAUAAUGAUAAGCUUAUUAAACUGUAUACACAUACAUUUAUAAACUUAUUAAAAGGUAAUGUAACAAAUUAUUCAAUAUAGCUUUUUUGCAAUGCAGCCAUAAUAAAAACUAAAUAAAAUCUUGUAUACAGUAUAAAACAUAUAAAACCAAGUAGGUUUUGUCCUUUAGGUUUUAUAUACGUACGUUUACCGGUAUACUACGCUUUUAAUACGUUGGAACAUAGGUUACUAUAUUACACGUUCCAACCUUGCUAUUAACGAAGUUCUGCUGCUCACGGAUGUAUUUUUUAACCCGUUAUCAAACGGUAUCAUACGGUUAUAGUUUGGCUUACUGUUGAUAGUUUUUAUUUUUCAUAUUUCACGGUAAAAUCGUCUAAAAAUCGAGUACCCACAACCGCCAGCAAUCCUCUUAUACAUACGAUGCCGGAAAAGUUUUAUUCGAUUCGGAGAUCACGGAUCACGUCACGCUUUAAAACCCCUCACUACGAAUUUAAAUAGUAAGUCUCCGGUUAUCUUUUGAGUAUACUAUUAUAUAUAUACGCGCAGUGCAACUGCCGAACUUUUGACGAGAUGUCGUAAAAUAAUAAUACUUAACUCCCGGCUAUGAAAUUAAGUUUGACCCAAAGUGCUAUCUCCAGUCUGCAGUAUGCUGCACGAUCGCUGAAGGUCGUGUGUCGCGUGCGGAGAAACACCAGAUUCUGAGUAAGAAAAUAUUGCGCGUUUUCGGCCCGAAGUCCCGAUGAGUUUAAACUUUAAUCAUAAUAAUAAUAUUAUUGUCGCUUUUUCUUUGUAUAAUAUAUUCUGUAUUCAGCGAAUCCUCUUAGCCGGGAACAAUGUAUCUAUCUACACGGUUCUGUUCGUUAUACAUCAUGCGCGUGCUGCGACAUCUCACGACAUUAUACGUCGAAUUUGAAUACCUAGAUAUUUUUUUAUUACGAUUAUGACAUAAAAAAUACACCGAGACGUUUUUGAAAAAAUAAAAACAAAUCGAUCUCGGUUUUUUUACGAUAUUCCCGUCCAAACUGUUUAUGUAAACAUGGACGUCUGCAGACUUUAUUCCAUGGUGGAGGGGCGAACGUAGUUUAAAAAAUGAAUGACGAUUUUGUUUUAUAAAAUAAAUUCUUAACUUUAGUUUUUUAACGUUCUUGAACACGUAAUACAAAUAUCUAUAGCAGUAGCGAUUAAUUCAGUUAACAUUUGAAAAAUUUCAUUAGCGUCCUUUCGAUGAUUAGUAAGAAAUCAAUAUGUUUGCUGAUUUGAUAGAGAUCUACCUUGUAAUAUAUUUGUCACAGGUUCUAAAAUGACACUGUAUUUCGCCAUAGUUAUCAUAGAAAUCAAGAAAUAUGAAAUUGAGGCUGCACAAUAUAACUAUUGAAAACUUAAGGGGGUAAAUACUACUUCUUGUUUCCUCUGUGGAGAUGCCUACGCAUGUAAAUGUUAUUGUAAACUUUAUCAACAAGGAGUAGAUAAAUUUUUCGAAUUUUACGAUUAAAAUUUGAUCUUUAAAUGUUUAUAAAAAAAAUAUAUAAAUUAUUAAAUCGAUCAAUUUUCUUUUCACCACUGGUUGAGACUUUAGUGAACUUUGAUUCAAAUUUUCGAGUAUUUUUGCAUAAACAAACAAUAUUUUUAUUCAAAAAAUUCGAAAAAUAGUACAAUGAUUUUUAAAUCGCAUAAAAUCAAAAUAGUGACUAAAAAUUUUCCAUCAGUAGUACAUGUCGUUAUUAAAUUUCAAAUUUACUGUUCCGUGGGUCCACAUAAUCUUACGCUUCCGACCCACUUAGUAAUGUCGAUCGAGUCACAGAUGUAAAAAAACAGCAUUUGCCGCGACACUGCGGCCACGUGAGCGAUGUAUUGUGACUUCGAGGAUUUCGGAAUCUAAUGCAGCAAAAAUUCUAUACUAUAACUUUUAAAUCACUCACCGCCGCGUAAUUCGUUAAAAACCCACCGACUACCAACCUAUAAUUAAAUUAUAUUGAGUGUGUCUACGUAUCAGUGUUGCUGUAUCUGUUCGGCAAAAGUUUUUCCCUCGAUCUUUUCCCGGUGAUAUUUUCGUUGUGCGAUCCUGCAAAAUAAUUCUUAUUUCGACGGGAUAUACUCGUAAUUUUAUAUUUCGUAUAUUUUGGUUGUACAGUAGCCGACUAAGUCGAGCGUUAUAGUUUUAUUAUUUUCCCCUACACGUAUCCAGCCGAGAAAAGUAAUGAAUCUCGUCCGCAAUAAUAAUCGCGGUAAUCCCAAAUCCGAACGGGGGGUAGCGUUCGAAGGAAAAAAAGACAAACUAUUUUCCGGUUUUUUGUAAACAACAAUCAGAGAUCGUCUCCGUUUUACAGAAUUGAUUUGAUGUCUAGACGAUUAAAAUCGCAAUUAUUAUUAAAUCCCACUUACAGGUCUACACAACAACACAUAUACUAUCUAUUCGCAACCGUGAUAGUUUCUCUGUCAUGGACUAUUUUAGUGUGAACAGAGCGAUAGUAAUUAUCAAACUAUCGUGAAUGCAAUUAUCACACUAUCAUACAUGAAUGUUUAGUUAAUAGUUACUAUCGUGGCACCGUGAGAGUGAGAACAACCGUUACCGCGUAAACACAUACUAAACAUUUCUAUCAAAAUGUCACUCUACUGUUCUAAGUUAUCAUCCGGGCAACAACUUAUUGCCCUCCCUCUCACCCCAAACACGGAUCUGUAUAAAGCGGAUAUUAUUAGAAUAACACGAUUGAAAAAAAUCCAAACUACUAUGGGUCCCAAGCUCCGCUUGGAAUCCAGAACAUACUAUUUUCAAUCGCAAAACAAUUCCGUGUAAUUGUAAAUCGGACCGGUAAUAAAAAAAAAAAAUUGAUGAAAACAAAAACAACGGAAACUAUUUCAUUUCGAUUACGUUUUACUCGCGUUUACAUGUGUCGAAUUCGAUGGGUGUAUACUUACACAAACGCAUGACAUUAUUAUUUCGUUCUGAUCGGCAAUUUAGGAUUUCGGAUUUAAAAACCCUCGAAAACCCUGACGACCACCACGCGCAACAACAAUUAUUAUUAACAAUAAUAAUAAUUAUGAUUAUUAAUUAAUAUUAAUGAUGGCAUUCGUCUGCGGUUCGUUUAGAAAAACUUCUUUGACAUGGCUUCGAUCGAGAAGAGAAUGUUGAGGAACUCGGACAAUCAAGACGGUUCCGCGAGAAGCCGGCCGAGCUUGUCCAUUGUCAAUUCGCUAGACGUGCUCCGGCAGAAGCUCAUGUACGAGGUGGCUCGGCGACAAGUGGACGAGAAUCAGAAGGUCAUGUCGCAGAAUCAUCAAAUACUCAAGACCCUCGGCAAGCGGUCGUUGUUCCCUUAUUUCGGAGUGCCACAGAGGUAAGUGCGACAUUUUUUAGAAACAAAAAAUUCUUGAUCUUGAUUAAAUCUUUAGAACCUUUCCAUAACACCACAUUUUGAAAUACAUUUUUACUCUACUUCUGUUUUCUUUUGCAAUAAUCCAUGUUUCAUUUUCAUAUUAUAUAGCAUAAUGUUUUAGAUGUUUUACUAAAGAAUACUAUUUUUCGAGGUAAAAGAGUUCUUUUUUAGUUAAAUAUUGGCCUGACACAUUAUUAUCUUUAUUAUUUCUUAAAGAAAUCCAUCUAAGUUUAUAGUACUUCCAAAAUAUCUGAAAUCUUUUUUAAGUCUUAAUUUUUUUAUAAUAUAAACUCAUUUUAAUUUUAUACUUGUUUUUAUGUUAUUUUUUCUACUUACAGACUACAAUAUCCAUUUUUAUUGCGUAUAUUUUUGUGAAAUAUUCACUUUUAAUUAUCUCUUCUAGAUGUAUGAAAAUUCAUUAACGUUGGUCUCACCCAUUGUUUCUAAGAUUUCUUUCAAGUCUUUUUCAUUUCUGAUUAUGCAUUCCUAUAUCAUGAGCAAAUUUAAAAAUGUUUAUUCCGUAUCCAUUUAUCGUAUAACAUGAUAUAGUUCGAAAUAUGCAAAAGAAAAAUUAAAAAAAAUCAAUUAGGUUUACAUUUUGUAUUUACCUAUACGUGUAAAUAACUUUUUUACAGUAUCCAAAUCUUGUCGAAGUGGUGUGUAAAUUUACAACACAUCCUGGUUUUUUAAAAACUAGGUUUCCGUAUUACACCUAAGAUAAUAAAACUUCCUUAAAUUAAUGUCAGAUUUUGACUACCAAGUAGGUUAUGUUUUAUAAAAACCUCUUAAAACGCCUUAACCAACUCGGUUACGUACCGACUUGGGCCGAACUCGAUUGGGGGUAUGUAUAAAUAUGCAACCGGGUCAUGCUUUCAUUUAUUAAACUUCUUUUUUCAGUGACGCUCCUCACAUAUUGAUCCCACCCAAUGUCUUUGACUUUUAUACUAACAAUAUUAAUAUUAUAGUUUCACAAGAAAUUUUUUUUUUUUCCAGGUUUUAA